AAACAAGAAGAAAUUAAAAUUAAAAAAAAAAGUUAAAAAGUUAAAGGACACUUUUCGGCAAUCAAAAUGUUUCGGAGAUCCGCGUUAAGUUUGAGCAAUAACACGGAGGCCUACAUCCGUGCCUGCAAUUGCUGUAUGCAGCCCAUGAUACAGUUUAAGGCCAAUCUUUGUACGGAUAUGGAACGAUGUCGUCAAGCCGAAUCCAAAUUGGUAGCAUUCAAGCGCCAAAGAAGUUCAUUCUUUUCGGAGAGACGUCACCUGUCUACUAUAUCGCAAGUUGAAGUUAUGUUGGCUGUUGAUUGUGGGGAAAAACGUGGUGCCGAUGCGCAUUGCCCUGAGUAUAAUGCACAUAGCGUUUUGAAAGAUGGUCAUGGCUCAUCCGGUAUGGUGAUCUACUCUCAAGAGUUGACAGAUUUUAUGAAACAUAUUAUCGCUGGUAUAGGUGACAUGCCCAAGCCCAAUGCCUCCAGGAGCAUUUUCCGAAAUCUGCAAGCCCUCUUUUCCAUUUUUAGCUAUCCUCAAGUUUUAUCGGGCAGAAUUCCUUUUAAGCAACUCAUUACCAAUCACUACCCAUUGCAUGACACCCAAAAAUUCUAUCAACCUCCUAGUCAGCAAACAGAUGGUGUUGGCAAAGUCCUUGUGCAUGUUCAGCAGGAUCCUGACACCCAUUAUCCUAAACCAUUAAUUAGUGAUUACCUAAAGGAGCUUGUAAUACAAAGAAACAGACGUCUCGAGGACGAGAGGGAAGUGGAUCUUUCCAAAAGAGGCAAGGAACUGAUCAUAAAAUUCAUGGAAAUAGAGAAGGACCCUGACGUAACUGAGAAGGAUGGAGGAAAAUAUCAAAGGGAAACUGCCAGCAACGAGGACUGUGAUGAAGAAGAGGGAUCCAGUAAAGGUGAAGGUAAAGACAAGAAAGAUGGUGAAGGAAAAGAUAAGAAACUAAGAAAACAAUGCAAAGAACUAGCCGAAAAAGAGGAAUGCGAAAAGUUUAACAAAAACAAGAAAGGCAAAGGCAAGAAACGUAAUUCUAAAAAGGAUAAAGCCGAUAAGCUUAAAAAGAAAUGCAAGGAACUAGCAGAAAAAGAAAAGUGCGCUGAAUUGGCCAAGGAAGCAGAACUUGAACAAAUGAAAAGGUUUUGUAUGAAAAUCGCCGAAAGGCAGGCAAAGAAGAAGGCAAGAGGCGAUAAAUUGAAAAAGAAAUGCAAAGAAUUGGCUGAGAAAAAAAAAUGUGACAAGCUGGCUCAGGCAGAAAAGUGCAAAGGCAAAAAUGGAAAAGGAAACAGCGAGGACCAUGGCGAUAAAAAUGGCAAGAAAUGUAAAGGAGAAAACGGUAAAGACGAGCUUAAGAAGCAGUGCGAUGAAUUGGACCAAAAGGAGAAAUGUGCUGCCUUGGCUCAGAAGGAAAAGUGCGAUAAAUGGAGUAAGAAAGGUAAAGAUAAGGCCAAGUCCAAGGACAAGUGCAAAGAGAAGGGAGGAGAAAAGAAAAAUAGAAACAAAGAAUUGCAAAAGAAGUGCAAAGAAUUGGCGGAGAAAGCGAAAUGUGACGCAUUGGCCCAGGCAGAAAAGUGCAAUAGAAAUGGUAAGAAAGGCAAGGGUGAAAAGAACGAAAAAUCUAAAGGAGAAAACGGUGAAGACGAGCUUAUGAAGCAGUGCGAUGAAUUGGCUCAAAGGGAGAAAUGUGCUGCCAUGGCUCAGAAGGAAAAGUGCGAUAAAUUGAAUAAAAAAGGCAAGGACAAGGCCAAGUCCAAGGAUAAGUGCAAAAAGAAGGGAGGAGAACAGAAAAAUAGGGACAAAGAAAUGAAAAAGAAGUGCAAAGAAUUGGAGGAUAAAGCGAAAUGUGAUGAAUUGGCCCAGGCAGAAAGGUGCAAAGGAAGUGGUAAGAAAGGCAAAAAGAACGACAAAGGUAAAGGAAAAAACGGAGACGAGCUUAAGAAGCAGUGCGAUGAAUUGGCCCAAAAGGAGAAAUGUGCUGCCAUGGCUCAGAAGGAAAAGUGCGAUAAAUUGAAUAAAAAAGGCAAGGACAAGGCCAAGUCCAAGGAAAAGUGCAAAAAGAAGGGAGGAGAACAGAAAAAUAGGGACAAAGAAAUGAAAAAGAAGUGCAAAGAAUUGGAGGAUAAAGCGAAAUGUGAUGAAUUGGCCCAGGCAGAAAGGUGCAAAGGAAGUGGUAAGAAAGGCAAAAAGAACGACAAAGGUAAAGGAAAAAACGGAGACGAGCUUAAGAAGCAGUGCGAUGAUUUAGCCCAAAAAGAGAAAUGUGCUGCCAUGGCUAAGGAGGAAGAAGCUGCCAAGUUCAAAAAGCAGUGCCAAGCUUUGGCCCAAAAAGAAAAGUGCAGCAAGGGCAAAGGUAAAGAGACAAAGAAAGAUAAGAGAAAGAAAGGACAAAAAAACAAGAAACGGGAAUCUAAUAUGGAACGAAUGAAGGCCCUUCGCAAACAAUGCCAAGCAUUGGCGGAGAAGGAGAAAUGUAGGAGACAGGCCGAGGAGGAGAAAUGUAGUGCAAUGGACGAAAAAGCUAAAGCCAAUGGUCAAGGAUCGGAAAUAAGUAAGCGACAGGCCCAGAAAAAAGCUGGGGAAAAGCUUAAAGAAGACUGUAUGAAACUAGCCAAUAAGAAGCCAAAGAAGCCUUAGAAAUUAUGUGCCAACAAGCAAAUCUUAACGCGAAUUUUAAAACCGAGAAAUCAAAAUUAUAUAAUAUUGUGAGAGAUAUUAAAGUAUACCCUUAUUAACUAGUA